AUGGCUCGUAACAAUCCUGAAUAUUUAAAGGAAAUAAAUGAAAUAAUUGAUUCAGUAGAAAAAAGUCAAAAGAUUAAGUUUCGUGAAGGAUACAAUCCAAAUUGUAAAUGUAUUAAGCUCACCCUAGAUCCCGUUGAAGCUAUUCCUAGGCCUUUUGUUUUUUAUGCUUUUGAUAUUCAAGAAGGUUCUCCUCCAUCAAGAAUUAGUUAUUGGUAUUAUGACCCUCAUUCUCACCACGAUUCCUUCUCUCCGAAAAAAAGUCGUCAGAAACCGAUCGUUUUUAUUCAUGGUGUUGGUGGUGGUUUAUUUUGUUAUUUUAAUUUCAUCAGAAAAUUAUGGAAAUUGAAUCGUCCUUUAUUUUUGGUCGAAUUACCUUAUGUCUCAUUGCAAAUGAUUGAAGAUGUCCCAACAAUGGAGGAAACUGUUCGUGAAAUUGAAGAAAUGCUUACCUCUAGAAAUUAUUCAAAAGCUAUAUUCGUUGGUCAUUCAUUGGGCACAGCUGUAUGUACUUGGAUGUUUAAGGAAGCCAGAAAACGUAUUGGUGGUUUAGUCUUAAUAGAUCCUAUCAUUUUCUUAUUACAUCACCCAAAUGUUGCUUAUAAUUUUAAAUAUCGGAUUCCAAGAGCUGCCAAUGAGGUUUACAAGUACCUUUCUAAGCAUAAUGUGAAAGCUCACAUGAUGCGCAAAUUGGAUCAUGGAAGUUUCUUAUUUAAUACUCACUGGGAAGAUAAAAUCAUUGCCGACGUUUUGAAAUGUUGUAAUUCUAGAAGGUCUUGA